CCCUCCAGCGGCCGGCAGCUUUAAAUGCGGCGCCUGCGGGCCGCGGGGCAGGCGGCAGCACCAUGCGACGGGCGCUCGGCAUCCUCGGCUGCUGCCUGGCGCUGCUGCUGCUGCUGCCCGCGGCGCGGAGCUCCCCGCACCGCCUGCGCCAGCAGCCGCGGCCGGGCGGCGGCCUCUCCGGGAGCCACGCCGCGGCAGAUUCUGCCUGCAAGAACCGGCCCCUGGACCUCGUCUUCAUCAUAGACAGUUCCCGUAGUGUCCGACCUGAAGAGUUUGAGAAAGUGAAAAUCUUUUUGUCAAAAAUGAUUGAUACUCUGGAUGUUGGUGAAAGAACAACCCGCGUGGCAGUCAUGAAUUAUGCCAGCACUGUCAAGGUAGAGUUUCCUCUCCGGACCUAUUUCGAUAAAGCAUCUAUGAAGGAGGCGAUAUCUCACAUUGAGCCCUUGUCUGCCGGCACGAUGACCGGCCUUGCCAUCCAAACUGCCAUGGAUGAAGUCUUCACUGAGGAAAUGGGCACCCGCCCAGCAACCUUCAAUAUCCCCAAGGUGGUCAUUAUUGUGACAGAUGGACGACCACAAGACCAGGUUCAAGAUGUGGCAGCAAGCGCCCGGACAGCUGGCAUUGAGAUCUAUGCAGUUGGGGUAGACCGGGCAGACAUGCAGUCCCUGAGGAUAAUGGCCAGUGAACCACUGGAUGAACACGUCUUUUAUGUGGAGACCUACGGUGUGAUCGAAAAGCUGACAUCCAAAUUCAGAGAGACUUUCUGUGCUGUGAAUGUGUGUGCACUUGGGACCCAUGACUGCGAGCAGGUCUGCGUGAGUAACGGUGGAUCCUACCUUUGUGGCUGCUAUGAAGGCUACACUCUCAAUCCAGAUAAGAGAACCUGCUCAGCUCUGGACAUGUGUGCACCUGGCAGGCAUGAGUGUGAUCAGCUCUGUCUGAGUAACAAUGGAUCCUACGUCUGUGAAUGCUACGAAGGCUACACCCUGAAUCCAGAUAAGAAAACUUGCUCGGCCAUGGACAUGUGCGUGCCUGGAAGGCAUGAUUGUGCACAAGUCUGUCUGAGUAACGAUGGAUCCUACAGCUGUGAUUGCUUUGAAGGAUACACUCUGAAUCCAGAUAAGAAGACUUGCUCAGCUGUCGACAUGUGUGCACCUGGAAGGCAUGACUGUGAGCAGGUCUGCAUGAGAGAUGAUCUGUUCUAUACCUGCGACUGCUACCAAGGCUACACCCUGAAUCCAGACAAGAAGACUUGCUCACGAACUGACGUGUGUGCACCAGGAACCCACGACUGUGAGCAGGUCUGUGUGAGCAAUGGUGGAUCGUAUGCCUGUGACUGCUAUGAAGGCUUUACCUUAAAUCCAGAUGAGAAAACAUGCUCAAGAGCCAUAACGAGCAGUCUCGUAACAACUGAAGAAUCCUGUAAGUGUGAAGCCAUAGCUGCCCUGCAGGACUCAGUCACCUCACGCCUUGAAGCUCUGUCCACAAAAUUAGAUGAAGUGUCUGAGAAGCUACAGGCGUAUCAAGGCAGACAGCAGAUUGUCUGAGCCAUCUCUAUACUUAAUUCAAAAAUAAUCUUUCAGAAGCAACCCUUUUUAUUGUGUACAGCAAGCUUUAGUUUGUUGCACAGCAGUUGGUUUGUUAUUACUGACAAAUGUCAAGACUUCAGGAAGACAACGGUCUUGAAAAUACAGUGAUCCUGAGGAUCCUAACGUACUUUAUAACCAUAAAGCUACAUAUACCUGCUGUGCUUCAGUCUGUACUACAAGUAGUACAGUAACUGCAUUUUUAUUCUCUUAUUUAAACAUAAACACAGAAAAAAUGAAUGGAUACAAUAUAUCACAUUAUAUAAAACUGUGAAAUGGCAAGGCAGAGAAAAAAUGUGCCUAUGUCAUUUGUCCAUUAAAUGGGAAAUUAAUUUGGGGUCUUGUAACUUAUUUUAAUAAAAUAAAGUAUGA